AUGUGCACCAGGGCAGACUAAAUAACGAGUGUCUGAAUCAGUUUAAGAAUAAUGCAGAUUUAAAAAAUAUUAUUUAUAAAUUGUGACUAUUUCGUGGGGUUUAAGAGCAGACACAAUGGGUGUUGGACCAAUGUUAUCACUUUUGCUGACAGUAAUAGUGGCCAUUGAGCUUGCUACUACACAAACAACAGAUGCAGCUACAACAACUGGUGCACCUACAACAACUGGUGUGACAACAACUGGUGCACCUACAACAACUGGUGUGACAACAGCUGGUGCACCUACAACAACUGGUGUGACAACAACUGGUGCACCUACAACAACUGGUGCACCUACAACAACUGGCAUGACAACAACUGGUGCACCUACAACAACAGGUGUGACAACAACGGGAGCACCUACAACAACUGGUGUGACAACAACUGGUGCACCUACAACAACCGGCAUGACAACAACUGGUGUGACAACAACUGGGGUGACAACAAGUGGUGCACCUACAACAACUGGUGUGACAACAACCGGUGCACCUACAACGACUGGUGUGACAACAACUGGUGCACCUACAACAACUGGUGUGACAACAACAGAUGCACCUACAACAACCGGCAUGACAACAACUGGUGUGACAACAACUGGUGCACCUACAACAACUGGUGUGACAACAACUGAUGCACCUACAACAACUGGUGUGACAACAACAGGAGCACCUACAACAACUGGUGUGACAACUGGUGCACCUACAACAACUGGUGUGACAACAACUGGUGUGACAACAACUGGUGCACCUACAACAACCAGUGUGACAACAACCGGUGUGACAACAACCGGUGCACCUACAACAACUGGUGUGACAACAACGGGAGCACCUACAACAACUGGUGUGACAACAACAGAUGCACCUACAACAACCGGCAUGACAACAACUGGUGUGACAACAACGGGUGCACCUACAACAACUGGUGUGACAACAACAGGAGCACCUACAACAACCGCUGUGACAACUGGUGCACCUACAACAACUGGUGUGACAACAACUGGUGCACCUACAACAACCGGUGUGACAACAACCGGUGUGACAACAACUGGUCCACCUACAACAACCGAAGUGACAACAACUGGUGCACCUACAACAACUGGUGUGACAACAACUGGUGCACCUACAACAACUGGUGUGACAACAACGGGAGCACCUACAACAACCGGCAUGACAACAACUGGUGUGACAACAACUGGGGUGACAACAAGUGGAGCACCUACAACAACUGAUGUGACAACAACCGGUGCACCUACAACGACCGGUGUGACAACAACGGGAGCACCUACAACAACUGGUGUGACAACAACGGGAGCACCUACAACAACCGACGUGACAACAACUGGUGCACCUACAACAACCGGCAUGACAACAACUGGUGUGACAACAACUGGGGAGCACCUACAACAACCGGUGUGA